AUGUCUUGGGUAUAUCUCAAACUUAUCUUUAAGGCCAGCGGUAUGGAUGCGCAGAAAGGUUUCGUGAAUUGGCUUGUUCGCAUAGGGAACAACCUCAAGGAGGAGCCGACGAAGGGUGAAAAGACCCGUCGUCUGGUCAGUGAGCUGCUUGUCUUGAACAUGCAUCUUCCUGCUAGAGUAUGGAUACCUCUGUCUGAAGGUCAUGUUGUUUUGAACAUUCCACCUACAAACAGCUGUGUGCUCAAUAGCAAAGAUAAGGCUCCCUACUGUAUCUUCGUCGAAGUGUUGCGGUGCUCGGAUGUGAAGAAGGUGCGUCUACCUAAGCGACCUGUCACAGGAGAAGAUUAUCCACAGCUGCCACUACAGUAUGUCUUAUUUGCUACAUAUUAUCCAAUUACAAUGUCAUACGAUUACAGCAGCUCCUCAAUAGCAUCGCUGGACGAUGCUUUGAUGAAGUCAGCGGAUACAUCUCCUGGAACACCCACUACAUCUGAUUUCCAACCCAUGGAUGAUUCGGUAACGUACUUAAUCUCCCGAAGUAAACUGGUGUCAGAGUGCUCACUUCAAAGGUGGCCGAAGAUGUUGGUAUUGAAGCUGCAGAAUCUCCUUGGGAUACGAUGUCUGUCGAAAGUUGUGCUUCCGAACCGGUUAUGCGAGGUGCCUCUGGGAUCAGUUAUCGACUGA